AUGUCCGCUCACAUGCAUGCUGCAAGCGAUAUACGCUGGUUCACUUGCCUCGGGCGUGUGCGGCCUCUCCGUGAAGGCGACUUCGACUCGACUCAGGAGCGCGGAGUACCUCUCCAUUCGACGCGCGCCGAUUAUAUCAUCGGUCGCGGUAACGCAUAUGUGGACGUACAAAUACAGGUCGACUCUCGCAGACGUCUUGCCGGGUCACAACACGCCGUCAUCUCGUGGGACGCGGCAGCCAAUACUGUCAUUAUCAAGGACCAAUCGCUGAAUGGCACCUGGGUUAAUGGCGUAAAGCUUGCAGUACAUGGGACCGCUGUGCUCGCUGACAAUGCCGUCGUAUGGCUUGGUCCGCCUUAUCAUGACGAAUCGUGCGGCCUUGUAUUUGAGAAUGCUUUUGAUCGCAACCCGGUCCUCAGGAAGUUCCGCCCGGAAUUUCUUUUGGGUGCCGGCGCGUAUGGAGCCGUCUACCAGAUGAGCCUACGUCAGGACCAGAAUAGGGUGUAUGCGGUGAAGGUCAUUCACUAUGACUGCGACGAGGACGAGGACGCAUAUACACAACAGCACGCUCUUCGGGAAGUCAAGGCCCUUUUCAGUGCCAAUGGCCAUCCAAAUAUCUGUUCGAUCGAGGAGCACUUCAUUCUGCCUGAGCGUAGGUCAAUAUUCGUUGUCUUGCCUCGGCUCCCUACGGACCUCAAGAGUCGCUACACGCACACUCCGCCUUCAUCCUCAGAUGCGCAGACGAUCCUGAAACAGCUGCUGUCCGCUCUCAAGCAUCUUGAAAAACUGCUUCUGGUCCACCGAGACAUCAAGCCAGAGAACAUAUUCAUACUUACGAGCUCACCUCUCUGCGUUGUUGUCGGGGACUUUGGGCUGGUGUACCAGAUCGAUCUGCCAUAUGAUGACGUUCAGGCGAACUACUUUAGAUGCGGGACACCAUACUACAUGGCGCCGGAGCUUGACCUGGACACACCUAUGAAGUACCUGAACAAGGUCGACUGCUUCAGCGUAGGGAUGACCAUUAUCCACCUGUUGAUUGGGUUACGUCGCAAUCCCUAUAACAUUCCCUUCAAGGAUCGCACCCGCUCUCACGAGAGAACGUGGUACGGUCACCGCGCCGUCCGAUGGGAGCUGUUGGACUCAACAGAUCUGCCGAGUGCUGGACGUCAAGUUCUACGCGGUCUUUCGGAACCAGACCCAGACAGGCGUUGGGAUGUCGAAAGGGCACUGCGUUGCCGCUGGGUCGCCGAGGCGCUGGAUUAUUCCGGUCGAGCAGUGCAGGUUUGUAAGACCGUCCCUUACGUGGAUCUUACGGAGAAUGUAUCUGACGUCACACCUGCCGUCCUGAUGGAGGAGAAGGGCCCAGCCUCCAGACGUCGCUCUCCCCGUCUCCUGGGCAAACUUGACGUCAAGAAAACUGUACACCAGACCUCGCGACAGAAGCGGGAAGAGAAGGUCAAGGCCGCUCGCAUCUCUCGGGGACGUGUCGGUAUGCUGCGCAAGAAGCGUAUGCCAGCCAAUGUUUGA